AUGACUAAAACGGGACGGAGUAGCGGCUCGAAGAGCAACGGCAGUUCAAAUAAGCCCAAUAAUACAAGAUCGUAUCAAUUGCAAUUUCAAGAGUUGCAAGAUAUUCUGGAUCAGGAGUCUGAGAAAUUGAUCCAUUUAAAGAGUUCGUAUAUUCAACAGAAUGUCGCGAUUGCUAAAGAGAACGCAGUAUUGAAAAUUAAAUUGAAUGAAAUGGAGACAAAAAUUAGUGGCUUAAUUCAAGAGAAUAUUGCCGUAAGGUCACAUUUAAGUAUUACACAAUUGAAAUAUAAACAAGAAUUGACUGAUAAGUUGCAAGAUAUUGAACAAAAUUUACUUUCCAGGUUUCAAUCCAUAUUAGAUAUGUUUCAACAAGUAAGAAUUCAAGAAAAUUUACCCGCUGAUAAUUCUCCAAAGAACAGUUUGCAUUCUAACAUACUACACUUACCACCAUCAUCGUUACCGACAUCAAAGGAUUCGCAUACAAUAAAUUCAAAGGUUUCGGGCCCAUCCUCUUCAUCUUCUACAUCUGCUUCUCCUUCGGUAAAUUCUACAUCCUCACGAAAGAGAAGAAAAAGUUCAAGAAGACAAUCAAUGUUUGUUCCAAGUGAUUUUGAGUUCCCUGUAGACAAUGAUCCACUGAAUGAAAACAUUGAUCGUCAUAAUAAUACUAUUAAUGGUGUUGGUAUUAUAGAUAACAAUGAAUCAAGGGAUGUAUUACAAGAUCAAGAUCAUGGAAACGUUUCUGAUGAAUCAAUUAAUGAUGAAACUGAUUUCACAAAUUCUAUUAUAGAUUAUUCAAUACCAGAAGAAAAUGAUACUAAAAAGAACAGUAGGUUAAAUUCAUUGGCAUUAUCACAGAAAUCUCGUAAACCUUUGUCUACAUCUUCAAUCAUAACUUCUUCCUCGUCAUCUUCUUCUUCAUCUGUAACAAAGCUUAACGUAUUUAAAGACAAUGAGAAUGAAAAUAUCAAUGAUGAAUCUAAUGAUGGUACAAAUAAUACUGAUAAUACCCCUAUGAAACAUUCGAUAAGACCUCCAAGGAUAAAAAACAAGAAAAGAAAGAUUGUGGAUGAAAAAAUGCCUGUAUCGACCUACCCAGAAAUAACUUCCUCAACAAGAAGAACAAGAGGUAAAACCGUAAAUUAUAAAUUGCCUUCAUUACGUUCAAAAAUGAGAAGACCAUCAGAAAAGUUUGUUGAUGCAACAACAACUAUUAAUAUUAAGGAUUUACAAGUGAAUAAAAGAAAACGUGGUAAUGAUUCCAUGUCUAAAGAUGAAGUCGUAUCUCUAACAUCUGCUAUUCAAACUACUUCGAAGAAGGAUAUCCCUCAGGAUAUCUCGAAAGUCUCUCCACCUUCUUCUUCUUCUUCUUCUUCUGCUUCUUCCAUGUUAAGGGAAACGAUUUUUAAGAAGAAACAAUUGAUUCAACCGAAAAGUUCAUCGCCAUUGGUAGAGAAAGAUGUUAAUAAGAAACGACCAACUUCACAAAAGAAGAAAUUAUUUAAACAUGCAAUUAUUAAUGACCUAUAUGAUGAUGUAAUGACAGAAUCAAGUGCUAACUCGUCGAGGGCAAACAAAUCUGUCAGUUUCAGAUUAAAUGAGGAAGAUCUUUCCGUAUUUGAUUUGAUUCCAACUAAGACAGCUACCCCAAAAACUUAUAAAAAUAGUAAUACUAAUGCUGAAAAUAGUAAUUUAAAUAGUAACGGUUCCACGACGGGGAAAACAUUAAGAUUAUAA